AUGGGUUCUUCCUCUGGGCAACUCGAAUUCAAUUACUUGUUCAAAAUUUUGUUGAUCGGAGAUUCUCGUGUUGGCAAGAGCUCUCUCUUGUUGAGUUUCACUUCUAAUACGUUUGAUGAUCUUUCUCCUACAAUCGGUGUGGAUUUUAAGGUCAAGUACCUUACCAUCGGUGACAAGAAACUGAAGCUUGCGAUUUGGGACACAGGUGAUCCAUUGAUCUCAAAUCUCAUUGUGUCUGUUUAG